AUGUCAGUCGCAAACGCCGGUCUCGCGGCCGCUGCAGCCUCUGCCCAGGCAGAGGACCCAAGAAAUGACAGCAGCACAGACAAUCCCAAUGGUCUAGUCGACGAAGAUCAUCCUGUUGCCCCCGAUCAGUUCAUCACCAAAUAUGAGACCACCAAAUGGGAACGUUGGGCCUAUUAUUCUUACUAUGUUGGCAACAAUGGCUUAACAUUGUUCAAUUUCGCCCCGACGUCGUUUCAGGAUUUACUGUAUGAAGCUGCCGGAGAUAGUGAAAGAUUGCGAUUUCUAGGUGCCAAUCGAACAAUCAACAGUAUCGUCCUUCUAGCAAAUGGGAUAUCGUUUGCGAUUCAAGUGGUCCUUUUCCUCAUCCUGGGAAGUAUGGCCGACUAUGGUACCUGGAGGCCCUGGAUUCUCAUCUUUUGGUCAAUUGUUGCAUUUGGACUCGGAUUUGGAUGGCUGGGCGUUCAUACUGAGGACAAAUGGCCAGUAGCGACAGGUUUGUACAUGGUGGGAUUGAUCGCAUACCAAAUGUGUAUUACAUUUUGGACAGCAGCUUUUCCAGGAUUGGCAAGAAACACUCCAGAGAUGCGGGCCCAGGCUCAGAAAUAUGAAAAUCGAGAGAUCACUCGAGAUGACUAUGACUUUGCGGACAUGAUGCAGCGCAAUCGUAUCUACAAUAUGGCCUUUGUCUUUCAAUCCGCUGGCGAGAUCAUCAUUCUAGCAAUCCUGGUCGGAAUACUGUUCGCCUUGGAUGUGAAUGCCAGUGCAGCUAACAACCUCUGGGGACUAAGCGUUCUCAUAGCAUAUGCGACCGGUGUAUGGAUUCUACUUGCAAUACCAUGGUUUAUUCUGGAGAAGCGUCGGCCAGGACAGAGGCUUCCCGUAGGAAUGAAUAUUGUGGGCGUCGGAUUUUGGAAUAUCUAUCGAGCGAUUGUUCAGAUCUGGGAGUUGAAGCAAACUCUCCUAUAUCUCAUUGGCUACUUCCUAUUAGGAGACUCCUUGAACACGACAGUGACUGUGAUCGCGACUCUACAGAACUCUGUUGUCUCAUACAACACCUUGAAACUGACGUAUCUGCUCAUUGUGGGCAUUGCAGCACAAUUGAUUGGCAUUUACAGCUUUUGGUUGAUUCAGAAACGAUUCGGUCUUAGUACCAAGGUCAUGUUUGAUGCUGUCAUGCUCGGCAUACUAUUGCUUGACGCAUGGGGAAUGAUAGGAAUUUGGAGCCAGAAAUUUGGAUUCCAUAACGAAUGGGAAUUCUGGCUCUACCAGGUGGUGUAUGGUCUGGUUGUACGUUCUUCAGAGCCAACGAAACAAGAUCUCUUUACUUACUCAGGGCAGGUCUGUCCAUGGUAUGCAUACAGCCAGACAAUGAUUAGCGAGGUCACGCCCAGAGGCAAAGAGUUCUUGUUCUUUGCGCUCUUCAGUAUCAUGGGCAAGACCAGUGCAUUCAUUGGACCCAUUGUGAGCAGUGCGAUAAUCGACGCCUCGCCGAAUGGGAACAACAGCCUUCCCUUCUACUUCUUGUUCGGACUGAGCUUGCUCAGCUUCUGUCUCCUCUGCUUCUUUGUGGAUCUGAAGAAGAGUCGAAGGGAGCAAGAACGGUUCUUGGCGAAAGAGAAGGCUGCAAAAGAGAGGAGAGCUAGUGUGAUUAGUGAAGUCUCGGAGGGAGACACAGCUCACGAGAGAUUCACAGAAGCCGAAUCGGGAAGGAAGAUUUGA